AUCGAUUUAGUUUAGUUUCAAUUUUCAUCUCGUACCGGUGUCGUUGCGGAACAGGUUGCCGAUAUUGUGUUGUGUAAUUUCCCGUUCUGAUUGAAGGAAGUUGAACAGCAAUCUCCAGUGAAGAGAUGGAUUUUCUGUGAUGUGAAGUAACUGUUUGCAAGGAAUAAAACUUAUCAUGGAAGCAAGGUCAAUUACAGUUGGAGUUUUCCUCCUAGUAUUGGCAUUACUGGUACGACAUUCCCGAUCCGAAGAAUUUUGCCCCAAUGGAUGUCACUGCCACUACGAUCAUGAUUCCGGUGAUUUCUACGUUGACUGUUCUGGAUUGGGACUUUCGGAAUUACCACAUUUUCCAGAUACGAAUGUUCAAAUUCUCGAUUUGUCAGAGAAUAUGUUCACCUUCAUCCCACCGGAAGUAGCUCAAUUCUCAAACCUACGAUACCUGGACAUGUCUUCGAAUCUGAUUUCCUCUCUCCCGCCUUUCUCGCUUGAAGGGUUGCACUCACUCAAACAGUUAAAUCUGUCCAAAAACAACAUUUCCAACUGGGCAAACCUCUACCCAAAUGAGCUGUUGCAGAAAACUCCGUUUUUGGAAGAGCUCAGCUUAGCAGACAACCAAUUUACUAGUUUUUCCAGCAACGACAUUGCGCUGGUGCUUGUGAGUGCAUCAGUGCGAUAUCUGGAUUUGAGCAAUUGCAAAAUUACGAAAGUAUCCGGAAAGGAAGUCAUCCAAGGGCUGAUCAGUUUGGAAACUCUGAAACUUAACGGAAACCCAUUGCACGGGAUUUCAGACAUCAAGUCUGACACGUUGAAGACACUGGACUUGAGUAAUUGUCGGAUAAGCACACUACAAUCAACGGCUCUGAGUGGACUGUCGUCGCUGGCCUAUGUAAAUUUCGCUAGGAACUACAAACUGUCGCUGUCUACGCAUGGAAAUGUGACGUCCACCAGUCUGAGACGUGUAAAUCUAUCGUACUGCAAUUUGGAUUCCAUUGAACUGGGUGGUUUCCCGAACCUAAAGACAGCAAUUCUGCGAGGAAACAUGAUUCGUCAGCUGAUGGGCAACAGCUUUGUAGCGAAUCCUCUAUUGGAGAACAUCGACCUCUCCUCCAACUCGAUUAACUUCGUCCACAGUGAUGCAUUCUGGCAGCUGAGCAAUCUGAAGACAUUGGAUCUAUCGUUCAAUGCAAUACCUCGAAUCGAUGGACGAACGUUCAAGGAGAACGAGAUGUUAACACAGAUAAACUUGAGCAGAAACUAUAUUGCACGAUUACAGAGGAUCGUCGCCAGCUCACUGGCACAUCUCAAUAUGAGCUGGUGCGAAAUUCUUUCCGUUGAUGCAGAUGCUUUGGGUGCUAUGCCUUCCCUAAUCGAUCUGGAUCUAUCGCAUAACUUGCUAUAUGAUGACCCGUGGAACAUAGCGUCGGAAACAUUACAAACACUGGACCUGAGUAUGUGCCGUAUAACGGCCAUAAGGAAUACAACAUUCUCACGACUUCCGGCUCUGAUGAGGAUCAAUUUGUCUGGAAACCGUUUUACCACGCCAUUUCGAGUAGAUUUCUUCGAUAGUAAUACAUAUCUCAGUGAAAUUUGGCUCGGCGAUAAUCCUUGGCGAUGCGACUGCCGUGAUAGUGGAUUCUUGGACUUCUUCCUGUUCUUAACUGAACCUCCUCGGAGGGUAAACGACCAUAAACAACUGCGUUGUACCAGUCCGGAAGACUUCUACGGAGCCACUUGGGAGGCAGCUUGCCGAUCCGUAUGGUAUCCACAGGACAUCAUGGGGACGACUGAGAGAAUCUGGACGUACUUCAUGUUGGCCAUCUUGGCUUUCUUUGGGUUCUUCUGUUUGUAUUCGUCCAUAAAGCGUUUCGUUGAUUCCCGAAGGAAACUUGCCGCUGAGCGAGAACGACAAGAGAACGUUGAGGAGAUGCGUGAAGUUGCUCGCGAAAAUCAGUUGAGGCUGCGUCAAGAAGCACAACUGAAUGCUCCUGACGCGCGAGAGUCACGUCCUCCGUGCUACGAAGACGCCAUACUACUUCCGAAGUUUGAUGCUGCUUCAUUUGCAUCACUCGACGAGCUACUACUUCGUGGUAAGCGUAAAAAGAAACGACGACAUCGUCAAUCUACUGGCGAUGAGGGCACUGACGGCGACGAUGAAACUGAUCGAGUUGAACUUCGCCAGAGCAGUCGAUCCAGAAGUGAAAACGUGCUAUCUGUUAGAGCAGUAGUCUAUCAGGAGCCUACCGAUGCAUUACCCGCGCAAAAUUCACCAAUCUACCAGCGUCCAACCUCAAAUCGCGUAGUGACGGCAAACGUCCACGCUUCACCAACCGAAUCAAGAGGCUCGAGAGCACAGCCAUCAAACGACGCCGAGCUACAUUACCAUUCUACCGAUAUCCUAAGAAUGGACAGGCCGGCAACAUCUAGCCCAACGUCCUCCCGUUCCGUCACGGUAUCCGUCCAUCAACCUGGACCCAGUACCAGUACCAACCAAAUUCAGGACUUCAACAGUCGAAGUUACGAGAACAGCCCCUACGCAAAGCGGAAAGUCAAACCACUUCAGCACAUAAACCCUAAUGGUAGCAUCGAAGAAAUCACCGAUUUUGAAGGCUAUGAAUCCAGCCCCUACGCAAAGCGUCGAUUACAACACCUGGCCAGCUUCAAAGGAGAUCGGGAUAGAGAAAGGCCACCACUUCCCGCAAGACCUCCUCCAUCCCAGGGGCAGCAGUUGCUUCAGGACAGUGACGAUGACGAUGAUGACGGUGACGAUGGUGGAGCGAUUUCCAUCAGAGUCGUUGACGAUUACUUCAAGCCAGAGCAAUCUAAACCUGAUUUGGAUGAUUACGCCGUUGUAACAGAAGAUGAUGUAAGGCGGAAUUUGCUGGAACGUGAAAAGCAGCAGCAGUCCAGUGUAGCAACCAAUGCAGGUUCAAGUGGUAGCAGUAGCAUUGAAAUCAUUCCGGCUAGGAACGAGCGGCAGCAGUGAUGUCCGAAUGCUUAUGACAGAUUCUAAUUUUUUAGUCUACGUUUAGCGUACAAAAGUAACUUAUAUACAUGUUCGAAUCAUACGAAUUUAUUAGGAUGUA